CGACCCGAAGGUUCUCAUUCGGCUAGAGACCUCAUAAUCUCAUGUGCCGCCUCCGGACUCCCUGCCUCCCUGUCGAAGGACGUUCACUUUGUUGCGACUGGAUCUUCUUGGUUCUGCGGCUGGUAUCCCAGCUCUGGUACUGAUCAACUUUGCUUAGAACGAGGCUGCCCUUGUUGGCUGGAAGAGCCCCUACACCUACGAUCUCCUGAUUGUCGGAUUCCUCCUUCGGGGGUGCUCGUGCAGUCAUCGAGCGCCGUGCACUGUAUCCACUACUACAUCGCGCUGUUUCCACCGGAGAUCUCGCCUGGGUACUUGGAUGCAUCGCUGCUGGAUGGUCCAUCCAUGGAAGUCAUCAAAGGUGACUCGCCAUUGCUGACCACGGCGAUAUGGUCCGCCGCUGCGGUGUCGGGUGCCGUUGCUGCUCUCAUACCGGAUUCGUGCCUGGUCGUCUGCCCCCCAGCGUCACCAUUGUGCCAUGAUGUCUUUCAUGGCUGGUCUAUUGGUAUUUGCCACCGUGCUAGUCGGUUUAGACCGACUAGGCUCAAGCUUUCGUCGUCAGCUUGA